AAAUAUCAGGCAAAAGAGAACUGAAAUAUAGGGCUAUAAAUACACAUAAUAAUGAGAACUAUAACAAACAGGUGUGCACAAGGAGUAGGAGACCAUGGUGGAGCCAGCAGAAUGGAGAUAUUGAAAAAAUGAGGUGGAUCCGGAUAAAAUAGAGACCAGAGUGAAGCCAAAAGAUGGAAGGAUCAAGGUGGACCUGGAAGAUAUGUUGCAUUCAGAAGACUUAGCCAGGACCAGUGGGAAUGAGGACCAAGGCAGAGCCAGAGGGAUGGAAGACCCAUGUGGAGCUGAAGGAUUGGCGAAAGUCAUUGACUUUCACAAAUCAUCUGUUAUAAUUACACAUAGUAAUGUGUUUAUAUUAAUAAAAGGUUUGGUUUGUAAAAAAAAAAAAAAGAGAGAGAGAGAUUAGCAAAUGAGCGGCCUAUUAGGGAAAUGGAUAGUCAAGGCCCCUGGGGGCCACAGAGGAAAGGCAAGAACACGAAAAGGGGAGGGAAAAUGUGGUCAAGGUUUUAUUCCAGUUCUUUCACUCAGCAGAUGCACAAUAGUGAGGAACACUGGUUUAUCCUGCAGCGGAUCUCAGCUCAAAGCUUCUUCGGCUUGCACUUCUACACAACACACUUCUACUAUGGCUCACAGAGUCCCGCACUUCAUCGCUGACUUCUUCGUCUAUGAAACCGCCAAAUCUGUUGUGGUGAAGAGCUGGUCUGUUGGAAUCAUCAACCGUGUGGUCCAGCUGUUAAUUAUUCUGUAUUUCAUCUGCUGGGUGUUUAUGCACGAAAAAGGAUAUCAGCAGCGGGAUACGGGAAUCGAAUCUGCGGUCAUGUCCAAAGUGAAAGGUUUGGGCAGAUUUAACAACCGUGUGAUGGACGUAGCAGACUAUGUAGCUCCCCCACAGGGUGGUUCUUCGUUCUCUGUCAUCACCAGCAUGGUCAUCACAGCCAACCAGACACAAGGACGAUGCCCUGAGACUGAUCCUAAGUUUAAAUGCACUACUGAUGAAGACUGCAUGAAAAAACUGGGCUCAAAUUUAGGAAAUGGUAUUAUAACAGGCACAUGCUUGAACAAUAAUUAUGAGAGAAACACAAAGGGAUGGUGUGAAAUUGAAGGCUGGUGUCCUGCAGAAGAUGACACAGUUUUAGAAAACCCAAUGAAAGAGGUGGAGAACUUCACCCUCUUCAUCAAGAACAGCAUUCGCUUCCCUCUGUUUAAUGUCACUAGAGGCAAUUUCCCUUCAAGCCUAAACAAGUCUUACAUUCAGAGCUGUCAUUAUGACUCGGUGAACAAUCCGUUCUGUCCGAUUUUUAAAGUGGGAGAUAUCCUGAGACAAAUCAAUCAAAGUUUGGACAGCAUUACUAACAAAGGGGGAGACAUUGGAAUUAACAUCAACUGGAACUGUAAUCUGGAUUAUAAUGUGAUGUACUGCAAUCCCAAUUACUUCUUCACACGCUUGGAUGCUGCUUUUGAGAACAGUGUUGCCUCUAAAGGAUAUAACUUCAGGUUUGCUAAAUACUAUCAGUCCGAAGAUGGGACCGAGCAUAGAACACUUCAUAAAGCUAAAGCCAUCCGCUUUGUAAUAAUCGUGUCUGGCAAUGCAGGCAAGUUUAGCACUGUGCCCUUUCUGAUUAAUUUGGUGGCAGCUUUCACUUCAGUGGGAUUGGCUACAGUGUUGUGUGACAUCAUCCUUCUCAACUUUCAUAAAGGGGCGGACAAGUACAAAGCAAAGAAAUUUGAAGAGGUAUCAGGCGCUGUGUCCGAUUCAGCACACAACAGACUCUAUAUAGGAAGCCAGAUGUCAAUCAAAACAUUGGAGAAGCGCUCAAACGACUCCGGGACCUUUUCUUUCGGACGGCAGGACCCGUAAUUUCAAUGAGACUUUCAAAUAAUAUUCCUACUUCGAGAUUUGUGCUUAUUUGCACUUUCUUUUAGCAAUAGUUUGUUUUAAAUCUGUGAACCUAGGGCUGGAUUUGUUUAAGAGUUUAAAUCAUAAAAAUGUUUUGUCAACCCUGAACAUGAGAAAACACACAUCUAUGCAAAUACAAUACCAGUCAAAGAAUAUUCUUAUUUUCUGGAUUUUAGAAUAAUAACCAAGUCAUCGAAACUAUGAAAUAACAGAAAUGUAUGAGAGUUACAUAGUAACCAAAAACGUUAACCGAUAAAAACAUCUUAUCUCUUGAGCUUUACACUGAUUUUCCAUAUAUAAUGGAUAGUGCUUUACAUCUCAUUUUCACAAGAAAUACACAACUUUUCACGAUUUACUUAUUUAUUUUUUUGUCUACAAAAUUUCAUUUUAAAUUGCUUCAUGUAAAAAGUGAGAGCUUUAAUCAAACCUUUGACUGACAAGUGUAUACACAAACAGCAGGAGUAAAUUAAAUUACAUAUAGAAAGAACAGCAAUUCAUUCAUUAAAUACUGUACUAGUUCAUCUUUUGAGCAUGUAAAAUGAACGAAGAAAGAAAAUAAUGAUAUGGGAGUAUAUGGAUAUUUUAUGUGUCUCAUGUGAAAUAUUUCUCUAAAUCAGCUUGUUUUUCAUUCUCUUGACUUUAUUUACUUGAACUAUGCCCUUGAGAUUGUAAGUGAUGUUAUCUUGUAAAAUAAAUUGCACAACCUCUUUGCA